AUGAACAAGGAACAGAAAGACAAGUUGUUAUUGAACAAGGCUCGUCUUCAAGAAAUGGCAUCGACGUCGAGAUCAGCAGAAGAGAAAAAGCUAGCUCAGGCAGAAGAGAGGAGGAGAAGAGCCGAAUUGAGGGCUCCGAAAGAAGGUGAAGGAAAUGUCGACAUGAAUCUGAUACAAGAAGCGGGUCGAAUAGCUAGAGAAGAGGAUCUGUCGGAGAGCCAUCAGGUGAUACACGGAGCUGGACCCAAGGCCGGUGUGAUUCAGGAGUCCUUCGUCGAGGAAGAAGAAGAAGAUAGCCUGGAAUCGAGCUCGGAUUCAGAGUCGGAUACUAGAGAUGUGAAACCGCUAGAACUGAAGAGGAGAGAAUUGGAGAAGUUGGAAGUGAGACGAGAAGCAGAGAAACGUCAUCAGGAGGAAUUGAAGAAGAGCAAAGUUUAUGAAGGUGUACCUAUUGAUGACCUACAAAUACACCAAGUUAAAGUCUUGUCUGAGGAUAAAGAAGCUGCCGUAGGCGCUAGACUCUCACGGAGUGACCAAUUCGAGGAGAGAAAAUCAGCGUUUCGAGAGUCAAAAGGUGCCAAUUCUCGUAGCCGAGCGCUCUUAGAGGCCUUGACGCACGCGUUGGAUACCAACAAUGGAGUUGAAGCCAGGAAGCUGGUCGCGGAUUUCAAUGAUUCGUAUGGAUCGCUGGUGGCGAUGGAUUACGAUGGUUACGUACCUCCGGAACCUAAAGGAUCAGUCCAUGAUCAGCCGAGUCUUCAGGCCCUAGAAAGUCAAAAGAGCGUACCUCAGGCCCAGACUCAACAGAAGUCCGCGAGUUCGAGAUUGAUGGACUCUAGUCAAUUGCUAGCGUCGAUCUCUGGGUCGUUACCUUUCAGCGGCCAAGAACCUCAAUCGAAUGGUGCCGAGACGGGUGUACAUCCUCCUGCUGUGGCGAAGACGAUUCCAGAAAUCGAAAUCCAGAUGAAGAAGAGCGCGAAGAAGCGGAAGGGGAAGAAGCGAGCUGAGCGAGUCGAGGCGCCUUCUUCGUCUUCUGACAAGUCCAAAGGACAGAAGUCGAGGAAGAAGAAGAAAGAGGAACCGUCUUCUUCAGAUGAAUCGGAUGACUCGAAGCCGAAGAAGAAAAAGAGGAAGAGGAAAGCUUCAUCAAAGAAGAAGAAACAGUAA